CAAAACACCCUUUUGUUCCAGGAACUGUGGCAGAGGAUACAGCUUAAGGCAAUCCCUGCUGACUUGCAGAGGGAAACUCUGUUCCUGUGCUGGAAAUCUCCCAGAAGCUUUGCUUUCCUGGCCUCCACAAGCCCUCCCCACUUCACCUCCUUGCAGCCAGCAGCUUUUUUUCCUAGUGCCUUUUGCAUCAGCAGUGUCAGGGUUCCAAAUUCUUCCUGGUCUGUAGCGCUCUUUUCAAUUGUCCUGGGGCUUUUACAUCACUGUUGGGCACUGCUACAAGUAUGGCUGGAGCAGGGAAUUUUGGACAGGGCUCUGUGUGAAUGAAUGAGCUCUGUGGGAGCUUGAAUGAGCUCAGCCCCUCCUGCCUGCUGCCUUGUGCCCCAAACCCUGGCCAGCUAAAGCUCCUUCAGCCAGGGGGGUGCAUUUUGAGCAGCCAGCCACUGUCUGCAGGGAGCAAAGCUGUGGCUGUCUGUAAAAACAUCCGGGACAUGGCUUUUCCUGUAUUUCUCAGGUGCAGGAGAUGAUACUUCUGGUCGUGCAGGGGAUCUGUGAGGGCAGCGGUGCAUCCACAGCUCCCAGCCAUGAUCCUGCCCGCACAGCACCAGCUCCUCACUGCCCGUGGAACUGCUGCUCGAGGUCUGUGCCAGUGCUUGAAGUCUGACAGCUGCACGUUGGAUUCUGGGGUGAUUCAUUGUCCCACAGAAACAAAUUCCUCAAAGUCUUCCUCUUGAAAGGACUUACACAUCAGAAAUGAUUUGUCUCCUGACAUAAUGAAAUCUGCAUACAGGAUCUAUGGGUCAUCUUCAGGAUCAGUUCUAUCUUCACUCGGACUGUGUGGAUGUGAUGUGGAUGAGGUAAAGGAGUAUUUCCUCAGUCAUCUGAAAACCUCUUUCUGGGGCCUGGUCCCUGGAGGAGGGAUACACAGACUAUUAAAGGAUGCCUUACAAAAAUUCCUGCCUCCAAAUGCUCACGAGCUGUUGUCUGGAAAGCUGCACAUUGUCCUCACCCGUCUGCAUGACUGGAGAAAUGUGACAGUGUCUGACUUUGCCUCGAAGGAGGAGCUGAUUCAGGCUGUGAUGUGCAGCUGCUACGUCCCGGUGUAUUUUGGGUUCUCCCCUCCAACAUACCGUGGGGUGGUCAUGGAGCGCUUUCUUAUCGAGGGCUACCAGGACACGAUCUCCUUCCUAAAGAGACUGAGGGAUUUCCAGGUGAAUUACUUUGAGGGCUUCACACUUUCCUUGGCCAAUGAAUCCAUUCAGAAAGGUGAGACCCUGCUCCUGAAGCAACAAAUGAGGGUUCUUCACUCAAGAGCCACCGAUCAUGAGGAUGACACCACAGAGAACUCAGGGAUCAGCCAGCAAAAGAUGAAGAAUAGGAAGCCCCACACCCCUUCUCCACGCCCAGCAAGGGCCAGCUCAGCCACAGAAGAGCAUUUCUGAGCCCGCUGCUGCCUUUGGUCCCAGGCUAUGCUUUAAAGAGGCAAUGAGCAACUUGGAACCCAGCCUGAAGGCUGAGCCUGACCUGCCCCGAGGAGCACACGGACUGUGCCAGCAAUGCCACAGCACAGGCAGGGCCACAGCCCCUGGAUGAUUCCCAUGAUCCACCCCUAGAGGAGUCAUUCCAGGCUGCUUCUAUCCCCACUGCUGCAACUGGGCUUCCCACUUUGCUUCCUUGGGGUGAAACAAGCUCCUGCACAAGAUGAUUCCAAUCAAUGCCAAACUUUGCCUCUAUCUAUUGCCUCUGACAAAGCCUCCAUUGCCAUUAGCUCCAAGCUCAUGUCUCCAAGAGGAGACAGCAUCAGCCCUGCUUGCUUGAAAAGAUGAGGGAUUAAUAAAGCAAAACCCAGCUGAUUUGAAUACUGAAUUGUUAAAUUGUUAAGUACUCAUUUCUUGCUCAUUCCUGCAGGUUUGGAGCAGGAGGGUUUUGUGCUGAGACCAUUUUAGUUUGGGAGUUCCUUGCAGAAUGAUUGUUGUUAAAGUUCUCCAAGUUUUACUAAUUGUUUAUGAUCAAGCUCUGCAUGGGGCAGGUGGGAUACACUGGGAAGUUCAAACCGUGCUCCUGUUUGUGGCUGAGCUUUGCAGAUGCAUUUAGUGGAUUGGGAAGUCCAAUUCCUAGAUGAGAAUUUUCUUGGGGGAAUUUUAAUGCCCGUUUCAAUAGGGUAACUAUUGAACUUCAGGCUGACUGAAAUGGCAAAUUCCUGCCUGGAGGUGGGGAUGGUGCUUGCAGCAGCCUGGAGAAGGAGCUGUUGGAUAAGUGGGAGGGAGCAGAGGUGCAAAAGCAAAUGAUGGGCCGAUUGUGCCUGCCUGGGGAGGGCUGGCUGUCUCUGAGCCUUCCACUUUGCCCUGUGGCAGGAACAGCUGAGCAGCCUGGCUUUGGCUGCAGGGCUUGAGAGCUGUAAAUCCAUCCAGGAUGGAUGGAAGACAGGAGCAGACAGGAUCCAAUGCAAAUGGGAUCCAUCAAAAUGGGCCAGGAAGUUCUAAGGGGACUGGAGCACCUUCCCUAUGGAGACAGGCUGAGAAAGCUGGGCCUGUUCAGCCAGGAGAGGAGAGGGUUGUGUGGAGGCCUCACAGCCCCACCAAGGAUCUGAAGGGGCUACAGAGAAAGCUGGAGAGGGACCUCUCAUCAGGAACUGGAGGGACAGGCCAAGGCUCCAUGGCUUCCCACUGCCAGAGGGCAGGGAUGGAUGGGAUAUUGGGAAGGAAUUUUCCCUGGGAGGGUGGGCAGGCCCUGGCACAGGAUUCAGAGCUGCUGUGGCUGCCCCUGAAUCCCUUGAAAUGUCUAAGGCCAGGUUUCACAGGGCUUAGAGCAACUUGGGAGAGUGGAAAGUGUUCCUGCCAUGGCAGGGAUGGAACAGGAUGAGCUUUGAGGUCCCUUUUAAUCCAAA